UAGCAACCCGGUUGCCAUGGUGAGUGCUGGAAGGGAACCGUUCGCUGGUACCAUUAAACAGUCGACGCUUGAAAGGCUUUCGCAACAUGUCGUCCGAUAGCAAGAAAAUAAUACAGGUGCAGCUAUCCAACAUUGAGCGCAACUACCGCACGCUACAGUCUCAGUACAAUUGGAAGCCAAUGUCGGAGACGUUUGAAAAGUUUAGAGAAAAGUUUCCCCUUCAGUACGACGAGAAGGCGGGGCUCAUUCAUCGCACGGAGCGUCUGAACUACAUCAAAUCGUCCCAGCCCAAACUGGCCCAGGAAGUGCGAGUACCGUUGAAGCGAUACGGUUCGUCCGUCGAAACACGCUGCAUCCCGGAGCCAGCGGAGUCGUUUCGUUUCGGGCAAGUUUGCAACAAACCGGUCGAGCGUCCGAAAGCCGUUAUCUACACAAACGAGAAAGGCUUUGCCAGAUUAGUCGAUCCAUACGUGACCACCACGAUGAAAGAUAUUGUACCGCAUGUAAGGCAUCAGCACGAUACGGUCACGUUUUGGAAUUGGACGGAACGGGAGGAACGCAAAAGGGCGCCCAAGAAACCGGAAGCUCUGCAGCCACGGCUGGUGGUUCCAGUGCAUAAGCGGAAACUAAACAAUGGUUUUACCAGUGAGAUGCAGGCAAAUUAUGUGAAACCCGUCGAGCUGGAGUUUCGACUGGAUCCCACGAUCACGCGUCCGAUUGUACUGGAUCCAACCGAUCACACGGAAACGGUCACUGAAAGUUCGAUGUACGGUGGGACGAAAAACUGCGCCCAGAUACUGAAACAGAGAAGAUACGAGUAGGAGUUUUGGGGAAUUACCUCGGAUGUGAGCGAUAAACGAUUGGUGUAUUUUCUUCCAAAUUGAAAAUAAACAAAGCACAGGAA